CAUCUGCUGUGUUUAAUGCAAGAAUAUAAACUUCAGGUUCUUGCUUUUAGGAGGGAACCCCUGGCGCUCAUGAACUUGAAGAAGAAAAAUGAAGAGACGGGCGAACAGGAGGUGUCAUCUCGCUUAGCCCACUAUAAAACAAAAGCUACCAGGCACAUAUUCCUCGUACGCCAUUCUCAGUACAAUCUGGAAGGGCAGCAGGAUAAGGACAGAAUCUUAACGAAGCUGGGCCGCGAGCAAGCUGAGCUGACCGGGAAGAGACUUGCAAGCCUAGGGCUGAAAUUUGAUAAAAUUGUCCAUUCCUCAAUGACCAGAGCAACGGAAACAACCAACAUUAUUAGCAAACAUCUUCCUGGUGUGUCCAAGCUGAGCACGGAUCUCCUGCGCGAAGGAGCUCCCAUUGAACCAAAUCCUCCCAGUUCUCACUGGAAGCCUGAAGCUGUGUAUUACGAAGAUGGCGCUCGCAUUGAGGCCGCCUUCCGAAGCUACAUUCACAGAGCCGAUAUCAAGCAGGAAGUGGACAGCUACGAAAUCUUCGUUUGUCACGCAAACGUUAUUCGCUAUAUUGUCUGCAGAGCAUUGCAAUUUCCUCCGGAAGGUUGGCUUCGGAUAUCCCUCAAUAAUGGCAGCAUCACUCACCUGGUGAUUCGUCCCAACGGCAGGGUGGCCCUGCGCCUUCUUGGUGACACGGGGUUUAUGCCGCCAGAGAAGAUCACCCGCAACUGACUCGUGGUAAACAGGGAGGGUCUCCAACCAAGAGGACAAAGCUACUUUCAGAUGUGGCCAACACUUCCCCUCAAAAGCUCCCUCGAACUGGACUUCGUUCGUCUCAGGCCGUUUAUUAACACGUUAAGAUUUUGCAC